GGUACCUAGUAACAGAACAAUACGAGUGUAAUGUUUUUCUUAUUAUCGUUGUUUUUCUACACUGUUGGUGCUGUCAUUGUAUCUCCACCGAAAACACCUACGCAAAUAUGUCCAGGCUCUAAAGAAUCUAUCCAUCCUCCCUACUGUGGCCCACACGCCCACUAUGAGAAAUGCCCAGAUAGAUGCCCCAAAUUCUGUUCAUCUCUUCUGCGCCAUAAUGAAUCUUGCUUACCAACACCUUGUUGUACUCCAUCCUGCCAAUGCGAUAAUGGAUACCUGAGGAAUGACAAAACGUGGGCUUGCGUGAAGAAAGAGAACUGCCCCCAAUAUAACAACAUCAAAUGUAAAGUAAACGAGCAUCCAGUGAUCAACAUGACAAUCUGCCAGAAGACUUGCGGGAACCGGUUGCUCACGUACCCUGAAGAACCUUGUGAUCCUUUCACUGGGUGCGCCUGUAAUGAGGGAUAUGUCAGACCGUUUGACAACGCAACUGGGACUUGUAUACCUGUAAGAAAAUGCGCUCCUAUACCAAAGAAGUGUGGCUUCAACGAAGUGCCAACGAGCUGCGCGUUCGUGUGUCCGCCACAAGUUUGCGAAAUGGCAUACACAGAGUAUCUAUGUCUGCCACAUGAAUGCCAACCAGGGUGCAACUGCCGGCAAGACUAUCUGAGAGACUGCAACAACAUCUGCAUUAUCAACACUGACUGCCCUUUGCCUGUUCCAACUUCUGUAGACAAUUCAUAA